UCAAAUGUGUUAGUUUUCCACCAUCCAUACGGUUUGCUUAUGUAUGUUCCUUAUUUUCGUUUUUCAAACUGCCACAAUCACCACAAACAGUAGCAUGCCCGAUCGUGAUCUUCUGGCACUCUACUGUUGAUAGUGUUAUUCUCAUUGGCAAUAAAAAAACUAAACUCGCGUGACACAACCGACGACAAGCACCGUAUUAUGGAAGGUUCGUAACAAACGUGCGUUCUCGGUGGAUAGGCCACAUGUGCACAUGAUCCCGAAGCUGUGUCUUCCUUUUUCCAAGAUCCUCAUUUAAGAUGCCAGCCAAGAUAGGACUGACGCGCUGCUCUUAUUUUAGUCAUUCAUUGCAAGACGCUCGAUCUGACAGGACGUGCUUCCCGAUUAGUCACUGGGUUUUUCAGAUUUUCCGAGUUUCCCGCGCUUUGCUCCGGUCACAGUUCUGCAGUUGGCGCGUUUGAGAUUUCGUUUGAGUUUGUGUUAUGGUUUAUGCUGAAUGCGCUGUAUGUUAAUGAUGCUCGAAAAUAAAGUGUAUGUUGCCGGUGAGAUACGUACUGAACAGUUUGAUAUAACAAGAAGUGGUGAUAUUUGUGGUCCAAUAGCAAACUUCAGCAAUAUGUCUUUGCUUACGCCUACGACACCUGGUACUUUCAAAGAUCCAGUGUAUUUUGGUGAACGUUGUCCGAAUUCAAAAGUGUUCUUCUGUGAAAAGAUAAAAAGUUCGUUUUCUCCGGCAUCAUCUAGCCACUCCUCGUACGAGGAUAACAAUGAAGAAAUGAGCGACGAGGCCCUAAUGCUGGAAUGCUCUGAAACAUCUCACGAUAAUUAUAAUCACCAGUCAAGUAUGAUGCAACAGAAAAAUGAAGACUUGUAUUUUAAGUUUGAUCCAGAGUAUAUAGAAAAGAUGCAGUCUUCAGUUUGUAUGUCUCCUGCUACGACGAUCACCACUCCAUUAACUUCCAAUAGUAUCGUCAACUCUGAAUACUACAACUUCAACGAUGUAAACUGCCAAUCGAAGAAUCAGAGCCCGUGUUCAUCACCUCCGCUUGAUCCAUGGAUAACAUCAUCACUUUCCAUGGGAUUUUCUAACUCAGCGGAGUCAAAGCUAUCCAAUUCGCCUAAACAAACCAAUAAUGAGAUCCAACCAGGUUUGCAACAACUACCUUCAAUCAAAUCAGCCUUUGGGAACACAAUACAGUUUGACGACAGUUCGAAGAACUUUGGACUACACUCAGCACACGCAAACUACAUGAUCGAUUACUUCGACACUAGUUUUCUGGAUCAGUUCAAUCAAAAUGUGGAGAUAAGUGGCAACAAUUCCCACACUAAUAACAGCAAUGACGCCUAUCAGCAUCCGGCAGAAAAUUACAACACUUUGCAAACGGUGGAAAAGCCAAAUCGUGAAUUUAAAGACAUUUGGCAGCAGAAGUGUGCUAAUCCAGUUGAUGCUGACAAAAAGAUAUCCAUCAAACAGGAAACACAAGAAGAGGAUGAUGAGCAGGAAAACGAUGCCGAUCAGGUGCUGGAGUGCCUCUGGACGGAUUGUAAUCUGAAGUUUCCGGACCAGGGGACGCUAGUGGGUCACAUCGAGAAGACGCACGUGGAGGUGAAAAAGGGCGAAGAGUUUGCGUGCUUCUGGCUGGAAUGUCCGAGGCGUUACCGACCGUUCAAUGCGCGGUAUAAACUCCUGAUACACAUGAGGGUGCAUUCUGGAGAGAAGCCGAAUAAAUGUCCGUUUUCCGGAUGUGACAAGGCCUUCUCGCGGCUGGAAAAUUUGAAAAUCCACCAACGAUCGCACACUGGUGAACGACCGUACAAUUGUCAGUACUUUGGUUGUACCAAAGCCUUCAGCAACAGUUCCGACCGAGCAAAGCACCAGCGAACCCAUUACGAUACGAAACCGUAUGCCUGUCAACUUCCAGGAUGCUCCAAACGAUACACCGAUCCGUCAAGCCUUCGAAAGCAUGUGAAAAAUCAUGCUUGUCGAACGGAAGGACAUGGCCGUCGCAAAUCACACAAGGACUCAGCAGCGACACAUGGCUCAUCGGUUUCCUGCUCGACAAUCGAUUCUCUGCGCCGGCACUCGGAGUCAUCGAUCAAUACUCAGUACGAGCCGCCACUGACUCCGUCGCAUGCGGACACAAGUGGCGACAACGCUUUCGAGUUUGACGAAGUCUUCGACGAUGCUCCUACUCAACUAGUUUCCGAUACGGUUGAGUAUAAUAGUAACUCUAACCCUUCGACGAAAUGUUUAAACUUCAAUGAUUGCUUCAUGAGAAUGAUGCAACCGGAAAACUCCUCAUGUCCCGAUGGAAAAUCCUGCCAAGAUGAAUACAUUUCGUAUGAAUGUGUGAAAAAUUUCCUCGGCGAGGGAAACUAUUUGGAAGAAUACCACAUGGCGGAUAGUGCAAUAAAUGCAGAUAUAGAUCAAACCCAAAAAGUGAUUCCACCCUUCGAAUACGAUUUCUUCAACAAUGUUGUUUAAGUUUGUCAAUUUUAAUUGAUAAACAGUAUAGUGAUAUCAUUUGCAUUGGAUUUGAUUUUUGUCUACUUCUGUAAAAUAUACACGAUACCAAAGAGAACUCCGUACUUAGAAAAUAUAGCUUUAAUUCUUGGUUCUUCCAAAACUAAAAGUUGUUUUUGUAAAGCAUUUUUUCACCUAGGUAGGAUUAGAUUUUAAUACCUGUACAACCCAACCAAUCCAAAGGACAUUGCCAAAAAAUAUUAGGUGUAUGGAAAACACGUUUAAUAGAUAAGGAUAUU